UGCCCCAUGGGGUCCCGGGGGGUGGCCGCAGCACUGACUGCCUGUCUCCCGGGGCAAUCUGCCUGCAAAUUCGACUCCCGCUGGCAGGGAAGCCAUGGGGCUAUGGAGAGGCUUCUCGGCUGGCAGCCUGGCAGAGAGUGAGUCCUUCAUCGAUCAUCCUACAAAUAUUUACAGAGCGCAGAGCUUCAAGGCACCGACCUAAUUGGGCAGGGGGACCCAGCAGUGCAGGGAGAGCGGGCUGUGCCUUAGGGAGGGCACCCUGAGCUGGGGGGACAGGCAGGGGAGUAAAUCUGAAAAGUGGUUUCAGAUGGGGUAACAGCCGGGAGGGAGGUCCCUCUGAGGAGGAUUUGGGGAAGCCAUAGAAGACAGGAUGGGGGGCCAGGAGCAGUUGAUGGCUGGGGAAAAGUCAGAGGGGAUGGAGCCCUAAGCAGCUAGGCCACAUUCAGGGCAGGCUGGGAGCUCCCCGCUGGAGGAGGUGAUGGUUGGGGCUUGGGGGUAAUUGGGGGUUAGGCCCAAGAGCUGGUCCUGGCGGGUGAAUAAGCCCAUGGGGAUCAGAGCUCAAGGCCAAAGCGGGCUUCAGAUUCUGGGUGAGGCUCAGAAGCCGGGGCUGAAGACCCCACUUCUGGGUGGAGGCACCAGGUGGGAGGGUCAAGUCCCUGACCUGGAACCCCAGACCUCUGUCCUUCUCCAUCCUGCAGGCUCUGGGUACCCCAUGAGGGGCAGGCAGGGUUGGGAUGUCACCCAAAGGGCUCCCCUCCGAGAGGAAUCUGGGGGAAUCCCUGGACCUCAGCAUUUGAGAAGGCUGAGACCCCUGCCCAGGGCGCUUCCCUUCAGCUCAGAGUUUGCCAGGACCUGGAAGGCACCAGGGUUCUGAGAGGCGCCCAGCACCGCCUUCCACUUCCGCCCCCGACCUGUCUUGCCCUGACUUCUCCGUUUGCCUUCUGUCCUAAACACAAUGGCACCCCUGUGCUGUUUGCACCUGCCAUGUGCCAGGCGUUCCCUGGCAUUUUCUCACUUCAUCCCGUUAACACCCCCUGGCUGGGCACCAUUUUACAGGUGAGGAAACCAAGGCUCAGAGAGGCAAAGUGACUCCACGGGAAAAGACAGCACAAUUAACAUCCCCACCAGUUAACGAUGCCGGAUUAUAUUUCACCUGCACCCAAAUGUGGGCCAUGAAGGCAAUAAAAUAAAUGAUGGCGCAGCUAAUCGAGCCCCAGGAUUUGAGGGUCUGGAGGAGGCGCACCUGCCCCAUCCCGGAGGCCCGAGCCCCACGUCAGUGCCCAGAGCUGGGCCCUCUGCAAGGCUCCCCGGACGUAAGGAGGGAAACGAGCCGGCUGCCAUCCCCUCUGAGAGCAGACCAGACGGGCGCCACUUCGGUUGCCCAGGGAGGAAACGGGCGGAUUAGGGCAGGGGGUUGUCCCCUCCUGGGGAUCGCCAUCCAGACCUCCCUCCUCCCUUCCACCUCCUGCUCCACCCUCCUCGGCUGUAAGUCAGGCCAGCCCCCCACAAUCAAGCCCCUUGUUCUCCCUGGGGCUCCUGCUCAGGGCAACAGGGAGGACCUAGGCCAAGAGAGGGGCCCCUCAGGGUAUGUCUGGCUCCCACCCAACAAGCCACGUUCCCCGGGAACUAGAAGGGCAGGGUCAAGCUAGCACACCCCCCAAUGUCACCACCCUUUGGAUGGAGCUCUGGGCUGGGAGGCAGGGAUCCAGGGGCCAGGCUGCCAGGAGCUGCCACUGAUACCCCGAGGUGGUGGUGGCCCAUGCAGUGGGCACAGCUGGUGCCAGCUUCCUGCCAGCUUCAUUCCACAACCUGGAUGUGGUGGCUGGAGGCCGGACCUAUGGCCCAGGAUGGCCUUCUCUGCACUAAAGCAGCCCACUGACCGGUUUCCUCAGGGCUGUUUCAGAAGACAAGGGCGGGCGGCAAGGGCUUGGCUCCUCAUUUCUGGGGCAAGGAAGAGGCAGGAGAGGCCCGGAUCGUCACAAGGGGACUCUAGGCCUCCUCAGCUGUUUGGGGGGGGGGGCCGGGGAGGGCCUUGCCCCAGGUCACCAGCAUGGCUAGACAGGCAGGUCCCGCAUGAGCGCUGUUCCCCAUCUCUGUCUGCCUUUCCUGGCCUCCUCUCGCUCCUCCCAUAGGCACUUGGGUUCCCCAGAGUCUCCUGCUCCCACCCCAGGACCCAGAGGACUGUUACUCAGACAGUGUUUGGCAAAACUAAAGUUGAGUCACCUGGGGACUCCUCCAGGUGAGGAGGCAGGCAGUGGGGGAAAAGGACUCCUUUUUGGACAGACAAGACCAGGGGCUGAGGCAGGAAUAACCUGCCUUCCCCCUUCCCGCCCCGGCAACAAAACCUCUCUACAAACAGGAGCAGCCAAGCGGGACUGAGCCCCUACCACCCCCACCCCAAGCAUCUUCCCAAAGAGGGGCCUGUGGGGCCUGACAGCUCGGCGGCGCAUGUCAGCAGCUCAGCCCCGCGGUGAACAUCUGAACUCCUCAGCGGGUAAUGGACCCCCCGUUCCCCCCGGAGACAUAGCCUGAGUGGCAGGAAUACCGAUUCUUUGGAGAGCAGCUCCCUCUCAGCUGUGUCACACAAGAACACUCUCUGUACCACAGCCCAUUCUGCCAAGUGAUUUAAAGGGAUUAAAGAAAAAAAAAAAGAAACUUGGUAAAGAAAAGGGGGCAAAAGCCACGCAGAAGCCUUUCGGAAGAGGGGGUGGCGGCCAGCAGACAAAAGGGUGAAAGUUCAAAGGGGGCAGCGAGCGGCCAGCCUCCCGGGAUGGGCGCCAGGCCAUAGGGCAUGCCUGGGGAGCGGAGGCCCAGAACGCACUCGGGCCGUGCACAGAAGUCCCGGGGCUGCAGGGGGGCGCCUCUGCAGGCCCCUCACUUGGGGGCAGAGGCCAGCAGUGCCCACGGCCUGGGGCGAGGAGGAAGCUGCUCCACAAACACAGCCAAGUCUGACUGCAAGGAGCCCAGCAGAGCCAAGCACAGGGUCUCCCACCUGCACCCCGGGGCAUCCCCGGCGCCUCCCAGCACCCCAGGUCUGCGGUCUGCACCCAGAGUGCCAGGGCCACGAGCCGGAAUGUGAGCACGGUCCAGGCCCCCCUGGACCUGAGCACAGCAUCCAGAGCAGUGGCCUCAGCCAGACCCAGCAGGCUCCAGGGCUGCAGUGAAGGAGGUGUUGAGGCCCCAAAUCAGGUGAGGCCCGACUCCCCCAGCCAUCCACCAUGGUGGUGGCACACCCCACCGCCGCCACCACCACCACACCUGCCGCCACUGUUACAGCCACCGUUGUGAUGACCACGGCCACCAUGGACCUGCGGGACUGGCUGUUCCUCUGCUACGGGCUUAUCGCCUUCCUGACGGAGGUCAUCGACAGCACCACCUGCCCUUCAGUGUGCCGCUGCGACAACGGCUUCAUCUACUGCAACGACCGGGGACUCACCUCCAUCCCCGCCGACAUUCCUGACGAUGCCACCACCCUGUAUCUGCAGAACAACCAGAUCAACAAUGCUGGCAUCCCCCAGGACCUCAAGACCAAGGUCAACGUGCAGGUCAUCUACCUGUACGAGAACGACCUGGACGAGUUCCCUGUCAACCUGCCCCGCUCCCUGCGGGAGCUGCACCUACAAGACAACAACGUGCGGGCCAUUGCCAGGGACUCGCUGGCCCGCGUCCCGCUGCUGGAGAAGCUGCACCUGGAUGACAACUCCGUGUCCACCGUCAGCAUCGAGGAGGAUGCCUUCGCCGACAGCAGGCGGCUCAAGCUGCUCUUCCUCAGCCGGAACCACCUGAGCAGCAUCCCCUCGGGCCUGCCCCGCACGCUGGAGGAGCUGCGGCUGGAUGACAACCGCAUCUCCACCAUCCCACUGCACGCCUUCAAGGGCCUGGACAGCCUGAGGCGCCUGGUGCUGGACGGCAACCUGCUGGCAAACCCGCGCAUUGCCGACGACACCUUCAGCCGCCUGCACAACCUCACCGAGCUCUCGCUGGUGCGCAAUUCACUGGCCGCCCCGCCCCUCAACCUGCCCAGCGCCCACCUGCAAAAGCUCUAUCUGCAGGACAACGCCAUCAGCCACAUCCCCUACAACACGCUGGCCAAGAUGCAUGAGCUGGAGCGCCUGGACCUGUCCAACAACAACCUCACCACGCUGCCCCGCGGCCUGUUCGAUGACCUGGAGAACCUGGCCCAGCUGCUGCUGCGGAACAACCCCUGGUUCUGUGGUUGUAACCUCGUGUGGCUGCGGGACUGGGUGAAGGCGAGGGCGGCCGUAGUCAACGUCCGAGGCCUCAUGUGCCAGGGCCCCGAGAAGGUCCGGGGCAUGGCCAUCAAGGACAUCACCAGUGAGAUGGACGAGUGCUUCGACACCGGGUCGCAGGGCAGGGCGGCCAACACCGCCGCCAAGACCACGGCCGGCAACCAUGCCUCUGCCACCACACCCCAGGGUUCACUCUUCACCCUCAAGGCCAAGAGGCCAGGGCUGCGCCUCCCUGACUCCAACCUUGACUACCCCAUGGCCACGGGUGAUGGCGCCAAGACCCUGGUUAUCCACGUGAAGCCCCUGACGGCAGACUCCAUCCACAUCACAUGGAAGGCCACACUCCCUGCCUCCUCCUUCCGGCUUAGCUGGCUGCGCCUGGGCCACAGCCCGGCCGUGGGCUCCAUCACAGAGACCCUGGUGCAAGGGGACAAGACAGAGUACCUGCUGACGGCCCUGGAGCCCAAGUCCACCUAUAUCAUCUGCAUGGUCACCAUGGAGACUGGCAAUACCUACAUGGCUGACGAGACACCCGUGUGUGCCAAGGCGGAGACAGCAGACAGCUAUGGCCCCACCACCACGCUCAACCAGGAGCAGAAUGCCAACCCCAUGGCCGGCCUGCCCCUGGCAGGCAUCAUCGGUGGUGCCGUGGCCCUCGUCUUCCUCUUCCUGGUCCUGGGGGCCAUCUGCUGGUAUGUGCACCGAGCCAGCGAGCUGCUGACCCGGGAGCGGGCUUAUAACCGGGGCAGUCGGAAAAAGGAUGACUAUAUGGAGUCGGGGACCAAAAAGGAUAAUUCCAUCCUGGAAAUCCGAGGCCCGGGGCUGCAAAUGCUGCCCAUUAACCCUUACGGCGCCAAAGAGGAGUACGUGGUCCACACCAUCUUCCCCUCCAACGGCAGCAGCCUCUGCAAGGGCACACACACCAUCGGCUACGGCACCACCCGGGGCUACCGCGAUGGCGGCAUCCCCGACAUAGACUAUUCCUACACAUGAUGGGCCUGGUAUGCCCGCCCCUGCUUCCGCUUCCUCCUGAUGUGGCAACCCUAUGGCUUUGCCCAGCCUGCUGCCACCCAACAGAGCAAGGAAAAGAAACUCCACGAUGACAUUCCCAGCAAAAAGCAGUUUGGGGAGGGUUGACAAUUUUCUAGAACACAACAGUGAAAAAAAUUUUUUUUAAAGAAUAGAAGGCAGGAGGGGUAUUUGACGUUGCUGAAGACAUAAUUUAUACCAAAUUAUGCCAGUUGGGGAGGGAAGAACUAAAAAUAAUAACGAAGGAAGGGUUGGGUCGGGCUUUUUUUCUCCUGAACUGGAAAGAUACUUACUACCUGUACAAUGUCUGUGUACGCCUCGCGCUCUGUUCAGGGCCGUCAUAAAAGGACCGUCAGAGAGAAGCAGCUGAUACGUGAAGCCCCCACGCAGCUCUCACUGCCGCCUGCUCGCUGGCAAAGACGUGACAGAAGAUUUUCAGGCUCCUCACAAAGGAGAGGGGGAAGAAAAGAUCUUUUGCUAUGGAGAUAUUGUCCUGAAAUCUCUUCCCUGGUUCUUUCCAUACCAUUUCCCUUCCAGAUUUUCAGAAAUAUUACGUCUUUCACUGCAGUCUUUGAACAAUAAUAUAGCCAAUUAAAAAACAAACAUUCUUUUCCCCAUACUGAGACCCUCUUCAAUUCCAUGCACCAUACUCUGUGGAAGCCCCAUGGAAGCUGUGGCUUUCCCGGCCACUUGGAGAUGCAUCUAUCUACUGUCUGUCUAUGUCGUGUCUCUAAAUACAGACCGGUAGAUAGAGCCACACAGAUGGUCCUUACAGUACCUCUUGGGUCAGUCAGUUCACACAAUUUCCUGAGACAGUAGAGUUGCGAAAACGUUGUUUUCUCCUAGCAAUCACUGAGUAAGUAGACAUAGUGUGUUGGGGAUGGGAGUGGGGUGGGGACAAUGCUGUUCUUAAAGGUGGAGGUGUGUCUGUCCUGGACAGGUGGCUGGGGGGACCCUGGGCAAGGGGUGCUUUCAGUUUGAUCCUUUCUCAGGUUGGCCAGAGCUGGGCCACACUCCUUUCUGAUAUAGAGAAACUUGCUUUGAUGGCCAGUGUCCUCAUCUCCCCACCCUCCCCCACAUGCAGUCACUCAGUAGCGACUUUCUCUUUGCUCUGUGCUGCCUCUUGGGACAGGUAUUUGGCACAGGGUUGGGUUUUGGGUUUUGUUUUUGUUUUUUUUUAUCAGCUGAUUAGACCUAAUGGUUUCCAUGGCUGCUUAAAGUGCAGAAAGAGACAUGAAAAUUCUGAGAAAAGCCCUGGGAGCUAGCACCCCCAAAAUACAGACCACUCAGCCGUGCCCACCCCUGGGUGGGUCUGGAGAUGGAAGCCCAGAUCGCCCUCUAAACAUGCCAGCCUCCAAAAGGGUACUGACCGGGGCCCUCAGAAGAGUUAAGAUUUUAUUUCCUCCCUCUGGAAUCAACGUUGCCAUCAUUUAUCAACUGACAGUGCAGUGUGGUGAGCCAUGAGAUUAAAACGAUGAUGAAAUAAUGACAGCAAAUCUGGAAAGAAGAGAGGAGUGGUGCCUGGGGUUCGGGUAUCUCCUGUGUCCCAGCACUCGGGGAACUCAGGUCACCAUCCAUCAACAUGCCACCUGUCCUGCACCGAGGAAGAGCAAUGUCAAAGGAGAGACGCUGGCCUGAGGGCAGGGAGGAUGAGGAGUCCAAAUCCUGGCGGCAGUGUUUUUCAAAAGGCCUCAACUGCUUUGACAAAAGCCAAAGGCGGGAGGACGAGACUGAACAGCAGUCACAGGGCUGCCAUGACAGGCCCAGGGGCUGGCCACCCAGCGGAUAUGAAAAGAUGCAACUGGCAACCUUCAGUGAAUGGGGGGGUUUGAAAGAAAUGGACACAACAGCUGCAUGAGAGAUGUGGAGAAGAGUCACGGGCUCUCCAUGGCCUGGCCAGAGGGACUCCCAACUCUCGAGCCCCAGGGAGAGGCCGAGGGGCAUGGACAUAUUUCAUUCUAAAACAAGCCUUUUUUUCCCUUUUCCCACUUAAAUCAUUUUCUUGUACAGUGAGAUCAGGAGAGAAAUUUUUCCAAGCCUUAAUUUCACGUCUGUAUAAAGACGGCCCUCCCUUUGGCCUGCAGUGGCCCCAGACACAGGCCCGUUCCCCCGCAGCUCAGGAAGGAGGAGAGGGUGCACCAGGGUGUGGAGCCUUGGCCGGGGGACAGAAGUCCAAGGUCUCUGCUGCUUCUGAAAUGAGGUCCCCUCCCUCAAGGCACCACUCCUGCCUUCUGCCAGUGUCCCAGGAAAAUCAGUCCCUGGCCACUCCACUACUAGCCCCAAAGUCCCCACUGCCAACAUGCUCAGUUCCCCAUCUCACUAUAGAUCCUCCUUUCUCCAUGACAGGCAGAGGUCAGAUCAUCCCCUUCCAGGCUAAGAAGGCAUUUGAGGAACAGCAGGUGGCCCAGUGCAGUGAGGGCUGUGGGGGAGGGCCUUGCCAACAGAGCCCUCCAAGACCAGGCCUAGCGAUGAACUUGCCUCCCCCAGAGCACAAAGCAGGCCCAGGCCUGGCUGGGCCUGAGGACACCGUGGGUCACCUGCUCCCGGCUCUUGCACUAACUGAGCUCAGGCAGGGCUCACAAGGGGUUACAGAGCCAAGCCCUGCCCACCUCACCACAGGCAUCGUCCCACCCAUGUAGGCACAGAAGACAGUGGAAACUCAGCCCAGCUAGGGUCCCGGACCUGCUCUCACCUUUUCUUCCCUAAGCAUCCCGACAUCUUCCCAGCAUCCUUUCUGAGAGCAGGCUCCCAAAUGUCUGCGAUCUCUACAUCCCUGCCAAGCCAAGAAGUGGGCCUAAAGUCAGGUCCACUCUGAAACCCCGUCCCCUCCUGGCCCAACUCCUCCGAGCUGGCCCCAGAACACAAGGAGGAAGGUGAUGUUUCAGGGUACCCAGCCUCCCCCACCCCUGGACUCGUGUGAGGGCACAGGGCCCACGAGGACAAGUCCAGGGCCUGGGCCACCACUUCUGUCAAGAAUCUCCCUUUUGUGGGUGGCCAUCCUGACCCUUGCAGCCUCUAACUAGUCAGAACAACCUCGUUGGCCUCAGCGUUGAUGAGCGUAUUUUGCAGCAUUUAAGGCAGAUUUAAAGUUGUUGUUUUUUUAAAGCCCAUGAUAGGUCUUUGGUUAAGUGGUUUACCCUUCGUGGUAAUUAGAUGUAGUGAUUGGGAUCUCUUUUCUAUUACAUGGCAAUUUUCCUUUAAAUUUCCUCUUGAAAAAAAAAAAAAGGAAAGAGAAAGCAAGGAAGGAGGGAAGGCGGCAGGGCCAGGCGAGUCAUUUGCAUUUUGCGAAUGAGGCCUCUUGUAAGCUCAGCUCAGGCGUGGGGCCCAAUGUAUGGAAUGCUUAAGAGAUUACUAAGAAUAAAAUCUAUUAAUUAGUCAUACUCAAUUCCACAGACAUGAUGUGCAUCAAAAGCUUCUUUUCUUCCCUUUUCUCCUUCCCGCUUCCUGUGGCCUCCCGCGGAAGCCUCCAUCUUCUCCUGUAAAUUGGCUCCAGCUUUCUGGACCGCCUCCAUGGUAACAUGGCGCCCAGUGGCUGACUAGGGGGCCUCCCACCCAGGCCGGGAUGCUGGGUUUGGGGGCAGGAACUGGGACACUGGCUUCUUCCCACUCUGGGUGAUGCUACCAGGGGAGGUGACAGCAGCUGGGAAGAUGGCAGUGGCAGAGGGGGACCAGGCUUUCCCUAAAGGCCAUGCCUGCCUUGUGCCUCCUCUCCCUCCCCCCUUGAGAGGUACAGGGAGGCUCACCAGCCCCACCAAGGAGAGGCUGAGGCCAGGCAGAGAGUGAAGAAGGGCCACGGAGCGUUCCCAGACGAAUGCAGGAAAAGCGCGUUUUGCGAAUCCAUGGUCUCUGUUCACCCUUCUGUAAAGUAGGGGUGGGCUGACGCAGGGUUUAGCUUUACCCAGAAAAGCUGGGUGCUCCAGAGGCCAAGUCGGGGCUCCUCCCUCUACUGAUUCUGGAACAUUCUAGUUGGUCCAACGCAGGUGACAGAGGGACAGGACAGGUGAGGGAUCCCUGUGGGAUCUGAGCGGGCUGACUGGGGCCUGAAGAAGGGGCUGGCAGCAUGCCCGGGACUGCAUCUGAGCCUCCCUCCUUCAUCCUGGGAGCCAGGGAGCGAGGGGAGGACACUACCACCCCUGACAAUGGCAGCUCAAGUCCCAAAGCUAGUCCUCUCGACUCCAGAAAACUGCAACCUGCUGAACGCACCAGGGAGGAGGACGGGGCCUCUGAAGCGCGUGCUUAUGAAAAGUACCAGGAAACUUGGACGCAGCGGGCAGGGAGAGACGGAGCUGUGGGCAUCUGCUGGGAGGGGGGCCUGCGCCCCCCAAGGACCAGACCUCCUCUUAGGGCCAGGGCCCGGGCAACAUCCCCUCCUGCACGCAAAUCAGCGCAGGUGAUGGGCGGCAAACGCCUGGGGCUGGACUGGCGCCGGGUUGGGCGCUAACAAGCAAUUCGCAGCCCUUCCAGAAUGCAGACAGAGGAGACAUCUUUUUUCCUAAGGAGGGAUAAAAAGGCUCAAAAAUGCAAAUCAUUACCGUUUACAACCAAGCGAGUCUGCUAAAUUGAUUAGGAGAGAUUAAACUCCUUGGAAGUGAAGGGAAAGGGGGAUAUUUCAAGUUUUAUGAACCUGCCCCCAGUGGCCGUGUACAAAGCACACAGAUUUUCCAGGCCUGGCUCAGGGGCUGCCCUUUUGCAGCUCCCAGGGUAGCUGGUCUGUGAGGGCUGACACCACACAGGCCAGAGCACUCGGGAUACACUGGGCCUGAUGCGAGCACACUGCCCUUGGGGAGAACAGUUCUGCCUCGAGCGAGGGGCUUGUGCUUGGGACUCCGGGACAGGGCAGGUUACUGGUCCACACAGGUCAUUCAGCCCCCAGCCCCCAGCAGAGACCCUAUUGUUGCCCUCCAGAUUCCAUCUGCCUUCAAGGGUCAAAAGUGAGGGGAAGUGGCCGGUCUAGUCACUUAGAGCAGGACUCUAGAGCCAUGAGCUUUUCUGCUUCCUUUCUGUUCCAGGGUCAGUCUGUCUCUGAUCCAUUCCCUGCCGUCAGUCAAAGAGGGAGGGGGUCAACUGUGAAGGGAAAACUGAAGGUCAGGAAAGAGAAACUCUGGCCCAGAAAAGGAAUCAGACAAUGAGCUUUCUGUCACUAGGAGCAUUCAAGCACUUGAUAGGGAUAGGGCAGAUAUUUUCCAGCAGAAGCCAAGACCUGGUUCUUUGAUUAGAAGAUCCAGGUUCCCACCCUUUAUCAUUCCCCAGGACCCUAUAAAAGAAAGAUAUCAAGAGAUGGUCACUGUGCUGCUCCAAAUGACCCGUGUCCCCUGAAAAUCCCAGGUUAGGGCCGUCCCACAGCCAGGCCAACCAGCCUUAUCAAACUGCUGCUUGUGCCACCAGAGGUGCUGCAAAAUUCCCAUCCUCAAUGUCCACAAGGCAUGGAGAGCGAAGUGCACGCAUGUACCGCUCCAUCCCGGAGUCCAGACAUGGACUUGGGCUGGCUUGCCAGAGGCCACUAGGGGGACACCUCCAGGGCCUGGGGCUCUGGGUCCCCGGCUGCCUCCUGGACCUGCUGUAGGUUCCAGGGCCCCUGCCCACCCUGCUCCGUCGUCCCACCAGCCUUUUUCCCAAUUCAACACACUUGAUGCUGGCAGCUCAAUGCAUCCGUCCCAGCCAGGUUGAUGGCUGCCUGGGGCACUGUUCACUCUGCCUUUUUAAGCAUUUGCCAUUUCUUUUGAAAUGUUCCAAGUACUUGCCUGAAAAAUCCACAUUUGCUUCUUUAAAAACACUCAAAGGAAGAUUCCCCAGGCUCUUGAUUCCUCCUCCCUCUACUUUCCCUUCUCCCUUUGCAUUUUUAAUACAUUGUUUUUCUCUGGUUUUGUAAAUUCCAUUAUCGCUUGGAUCGGGCCCACUUUCUCACCAUAAAUGGGAUUUGCAGGUAUGCUCGGACCCCCGAGGCCAUAGGGGCAAAGUGUCUUUUUUCCCAUCACGCACAGGGCGGAUCUUCAGCCUGGCGCAGCUCCUGCCCUGCUCGCCCCUGGACCACAGUCACCCCCCUUUACCCCUUGUUAUUGAAGUGCCCGGCUUAUGCAAGGAAGGCAAUGUGGGCAAACUGAAGGCACAGGGUGCCCUGUGGGGGGCUCACCUGGACGCUACUUCCUAGCAAAGCCAGCCCUUGAGGCUCUGUGGGCACCAGGGCCACCAGGGUGCUCUGGCUCCUGUCCUUCCCACACCCACCAACACUGCCCUCCACACCUGAAAGCCCAAAAGGCUGAACCUGGAGAGCCCUUGCAGGAAGGUCUUCGCUGUCACUUCCCCUAAAUCUCUUCUACAGCUAUCAGGAUGGACAGCCUCUUGGGGCAAGAUGACAGGUCCCCGGGUCACCGAGCCCAGCACAGCACUUGGCACACGGGUGCACAAUCCUCUCUUCUCCAGCCCUCCUCUCGCUUCCUUAUCCUCCCUGCUGGCUGUCUGCCCCUGCGGGCUCAGUGCAAAGGGCCCAGGCAGGUGUUGUCAACGGCCUUCCUCCCGUCCUGCACCUGCUCCGCUGGCAGCCUGGCCCGGGGAGGGGCUCCUCACAGCGCUUCCUCUCUGAAGCAUCUCACUUGGCUCUCUCUCCCUUGGACCCACCGAUCACCAGCUGUGAGCUUGAUGGGGAAAUCCAGCCACUCGGCGAGAUCCAGUGGCUGGCCUGGGGGACUCAGUUUCCCCUCUCCAAGCAAAGCCUCAGAUGGGCGACAAAGAGGUCAGAGAACUGAGUGUCCUGCCUUGUCUGACCCUCCCGUCAAGAGUCCCCACACCCGGAGCCACCCACCUAGAGGAACUAACCAGGCUUUCUUCUCAAGACAGAGAAAAACAAAUGCAACAUGAACCGACAAUCAAAGCACGGUGGACACGAGCUGCCACACACUCAUCUCCCUGGAGCUGGGCGGUCCAGGGUACCUCUCACCUGUCCUGUUCAGAGGACAGGCUUGCAGAGUGUCCCAGAGACCACCCACCUCUGUCAGGUCUGGUUUUUGAAAGGUUCUGGGUACCCCAGUGGAAGACGCAAAACCCUGAAACUAGACUUAGCUUUUUUCACCCCACCCAACACAUCACCUGCCAACAGGCCCGCGGCCACACGAAGAAGCCCACCCAGCAUCCAGGGCCCGGCGCCAGGCUGCAGUGUGGGGGGUUUCUUUGGACAGAGGACCCUGGUGCCUUCCAGCUCACAGAGGUGCUGAGAGCCAUGGGGAGCAAUCGGGACAGCCCAGCAUUUGAGGUUUGUCAUCCGAGAGGGAGAGAAGUGGAGAGAGAGGUGGUGGUGAAGGUUGGGAGAGGCUACAGGCUGUGAACACAGGCGAGCCAGAGACGGGGUGCAGUUGUGUGAUUCUGCAGGCUAAAGCCGACGCCUGCUAAAUAUGAGUGUCGCCAGGCAGGUGUGAACGGGGAGGCACUGGGAAAAAGUAUAAACUCAAAGAAACUCCACACAUAAGCAGAGUGAAUGUUUUUUAAGAGCCACCAACAGCAGCAGCCUUUCCUGACGGUGGAGGUUGUUUGUAUCGCGUUUGGUAUUGUGAAGCACUGGAGUCACAGGUGCUUUGUUCAGUACAAUCCGUUCCCGGUGAGCUGAGGAGGAGGAAGCCUGGGAGGGGUCCUCAGCCAGACCCUGGGGAAGGGGUGGGUCCCUUUGCUACAGAAGGCGGGAUGCUCGGCCAGCCGAUGUCACGAGGAGCACAGGCCCCGUCUCUCGCAAGCCUAUGAUCAAGGUCCCUUCCGCCAUCUGAGGGGCCCCCGCCCUGGCACCACCACCUUCCCCUGAGCCCCUGCCCUUCCUCACCUGUAGAAUCAGCCCCAUGGGGCCACUCGGCCGCAUGCUCCUUGUCUUUUUUCCUUUUUCUCUGAAGGGCAAAGCAAUCUCGGGGGUCUGAGGGAUGGGACCUCUCCCACUGCUGCCUGCUGCCGUCCGAGACCCAGCUGGCCGACCCGGCCUGGCUCCAGGCCCACCUGCCUCACUCCCAACCUCACCACUAGAUAGGGGUCUUUGGAAAACGAAACACAUAAACACCCACCAUGACGACAACACAAACCAAAGUGCACUGAGAACCACCCUCGGCCUCCUUCUUGUAGGUGCCUUGAAACUUCAAUGUUGAGAUGAAUGUGAUGAACUAUUUGGUCCUAUUUUUUGUUUGUCUGUUUUCAUAUAAAAUGUCCAAGUCCACGUUCCUUGUCCUUUCUUGAAAUAAAUAGAUUUAACUUUUACAGUCA